GAGUCUGGAUUAGGGAAAUCCACGCUCAUCAACUCCCUCUUCCUGACUGACCUGUAUUCCAAGGAUUACCCUGGCCCAUCCCUACGGAUCAAGAAGACUGUGCAGGUAGCCUACACCCCCUCCUCCACAUGUGGAAGUUCAACACAAGCAAAGGCCAAAGAGCACACAGCAAUCAGGCCUAUGCAAACAAACCCAAUAACCACUGGAUGGUCACAGUGGCCAGGCCAGAGUAACACACCCAGAGCACCAGCAGCCAAUGAUAGAGCCCACAGUACAUUGUCCUUAUAUGGCCUUGAUAAACAGAAGAGGGACAGAUGAAGAGGCUCCAUCUGGACGACCAGGAGGUGGUGGGGGGGGGGCUAGUUAAGGGUGUUUGGAGAGGUUUGUGUGGCCUCUGUUUAGGAUGGGGACAAGGAGGGGGAGGAGAAGGGGGGAAUUUAGACUCAGGGCCUCUGGUUCCUCUUGGGGCCUGAAGGGGUCAGUAGGAGGUUAGGAAUGUUCCCAUGAAACAACACCCAGUGGUGACUUUCCCACCAAACACAAGACUCCCAUCUCGGAGGCAUCCUGGGCCUCAGCUUACUGUAAUAACCUCCUGUCUAUGUGAUGUAUAUGCAAAGGCACACAAACACACACACACACACACACACACACACACACACACAUACAUACACACACCAGGGCGGUGCUUGGCUGCUAUAUUUGGGUUUUAUCUCCAUCACACUGAGAGCACUGAUGUGGGAGUUAGUAACCAUGGUGAGUCAUAAUCUCCUGAAUUAGAACCACACUCAUCCAAAGCUGUUUCAAGAAAUGAGCUCGUUCGUGAGCAAAUGUGUGACUUCAUUUUGAAUGUAGACCGAAGUAAGCUGUUUUGCAGAUUUGUUGAGGCCUGAGAUUCCUGGUUGUGUUUCUGGGGUCCCCGUGGUUCCUGCUGAUGUGUUUGAUCCUCCAUUGAAGAGUGCGUCCAAUGUUUAGAAAUGGAGCUGUUGGGGUAGGCCAAAGCCACAGUGUAAAUGUAGAGGGGUAGACUUGGGCCCAGUGAGCUGUGUGCGGCUGUCUGCUGCGGUUGCCGUCGGCUGAGGGGGAGAGACGGGGAAGAGUAUUUAUAUUCCAGAACAAUCUCUUAUGUCUGUCAAUCUGUCUACUCAGAUUUCACUCAAUUGAUGGGUGCACAUUUUGGGGAGUUUUGUUCCUCUGUUUCUCUUUCACUGAAAUGGAUUUAAAAGCAGAUAUGCAGACACACACACACACACACGCUUACAAAAGUAUUUUGAGUGCUUGAUAUAUGCCCUGCUAGAAAAGAAUGUGUAUAUAAACUAAAGUGAUUUGCGAAGGCAAAGAAUGUGUUUUUGAGUGUUUAGAGAGACUGAAAGAGGUCAACCCAAAAUAACUACCCUUGUGAAAGUAUGCAGCAGCCGAACAGAGAGUAGCUGAAACAGACCGCAGCAGGAAGGGAAUGAUGCAUUUGUCUCCUAAACCGUGAAAAAUCUACCAGCACCAUAUCACUGUGUCACAGCUGCCAUUCUGAUCCAGGACUAACAUGAUUAAGCUAUAGAUGAUCCAUAGUGUAUGGGGGAGCUGAGGGAUACAAUGGGAGGUAUGGAGUUAUGUUUUAGAGCCACUGUGUUGCUGUUUUGCAGGUGGAGCAGUCCAAGGUUCUGGUGAAGGAAGGGGGUGUGCAGCUCACUCUCACCAUCGUUGAUACACCAGGGUUUGGAGAUGCAGUGGAUAAUAGUAACUGGUGAGUAGUAGUGAGUAUUGUGAGUGAAUUUGAGCAUGUAUGAAUGAUAUGGUGUAGUUUGUAUGUUGUGUAGGAGUUACAUACGAUAUUCUCUCUGCCUCAAUGAGAGCCUACAUGUAGAGUAACAUUUCUACAUAGAGUAAACAACAUUUUCUUCUUUCUUUCUUUCUUUCUUUCUUUCUUUCUUUCUCUCUCUCUCUCUCUCUCUCUCUCUCUCUCUCUCUCUCUCUCUCUCUCUCUCUCUCUCUCUCUCUCUCUCUCUCUCUCUCUCUCCUCUCUCUCUCUCUCUCUCUCUCUCUCUCUCUCUCUCUCCCUCUCCCUCCUCUGUCCCUUUCAUCAUCCCCCUCUCAGCUGGCAGCCUGUCAUUAACUUCAUUGACAGUAAGUGUGAGGACUUCCUGAAUGCGGAGUCCAGGGUGAACCGACGACUGAUGCCAGACAACAGAGUUCACUGCUGCCUGUACUUUAUCGCCCCCUCUGGCCACGGGUGAGUACUGACAGACCUUGGGGCAACAGUCCCUUUUUGAUCAUGCACCAGUACUACAUUGAUGUCAUAGGAUGUAUAGUAUAUACUCUUUGAUACCUAUAUAUGAAGCCUAUGCUACCCACCUUUCCUUGUCUCAUAAAGAGACUUGUAUGACGUGGAACACAUUUUAAAUUAUAACAAAUGUUGUUAUACAGUAUGUGUACUGUAAUUAUAACAAAUGUUAUUAUACAGUAUGUGUACUGUAAUUAUAACAAAUGUUCUCUAUGCUGCUUCUGAGUUAAGAGUGGCCAUGUAUUUCUAUGUGCAUUAACUCAUUGUUGUAUAAGUCAUGACGUUAUUGCUUCUACAUGCUUUUGAUCAUGUGUAUGUGUGCCUUUGCGUUUAUCGAUUAUCUCUGCUUGCCUAUGUAUGUGAGCCCGAAUGUGAACAUGAGUGUAUGGGUGGAGUGGAGUGGAGGCGUAUGCGUGAGUUCACAUAUGUGAGUGGGAAGCGAGGCAGAGAGAGAUGUAGGCUGCCAAUGUUGUGACCCACAAGGUUGCAUAACACCCACUAGACAGAGGAUGAGAUGGAAGCGCUCUCACCAUCACAUCACUGAGCCAGCCAAUCAGGAGGAGGCAGCUUGCUGGCUGAGGAGCCCUGAGCUCAGAAUCCCUGGGAAUGGGAUGCUUUAUUUUCAGCCUAGAAAAACGCCUCAAUAGAUAGCCUCAAUAGCAAAUCAGCUAGGCCCACUUUUUGUGUUAGGAUCUAUCCAAUCCUACACAUUUUAACCAAUCAAAUGAUUGCUGUAAUUACAUGUAGCCAUAUAAGGAGGAGUACGGACACUGACGUGGUUGUCAUUAUAUAAGAUCAGGAAAAUGUCCAUUGUUAGACCGACACAAGGUAAUGCAUUAAGAGAUCAGAGAUCAUGUCAGUCCUUGCCUCUGACCCCGGCUCCUGAUAAUGUGGAGACAAAUUCAGAACAUGACCUUCCUCCUCUGCCAGGUCUGUCUCUGUCUCUUUACCCACACUUCAUAUGCCCCCUUUUCUCCGGUGACCUGUAACAGCGGGUCUGUUGCUCUGUAUCUCUACAUUCCUAGAAUACACAGCCUUCCCUACCACCCCCCAUCAUCCUUACUGCUUUGCCCCCUCCAGCCCUCCCCUCCAGUUCCUGGACAGAACUCACUCUCUCAGGCCACAGAGAAGAAGAGCCCCUUUGUCCACCUACUCCCUCACCAGCCAGAGUGGGAACAUCACAGAGAAUGACAAAGAGAAUCCCUCAUGAUCCCACCAUGACAUAAUUAUUAGUGGUCGCUGACUGUAAAAAACAAAGACAGGGAAAUACACUAUAUAUACAAAAGUAUGUGGACACCCCUUCAAAUUAGUGGAUUCUGCUAUUUCAGCCACACCCAUUGCUGACAGGGGUAUAAAAUCGAGCACACAGCCAUGCAAUCCCAUAGACAAACAUUGGCAGUAGAAUGGCCUUACUGAAGAGCUCAGUGACUUUCAACGUGGCACCAUCAUAGGAUGCCACCUUUCCAACAACUCAGUUCGUCAGAUGUCUGCCCUGCUGAGCUGCCCCGGUCAACUGUAAGUGCUGUUAUUGUGAAGUGGAAACAUCUAAGAGCAACAACUGCUCAGCUGAGAAGUGGUAGGCCACACAAGCUCACAGAACGGGACUGCCGAGUGCUGAAGCACGUAGCGCGAAAAGAUCGUCUGUCCUCGGUUGCAACACUCACUACCGAGUUCCAAACUGCCUCUGUAAGCAACGUCAGCACAAGAACUGUUCGUCGGGAGCUUCAUGAGAUGGGUUUCCAUGGCCGAGCAGCCGCACAUAAGCCUAAAAUCACCAUGCGCAAUGCCAAGCGUCAUCUGGAGUGGUGUAAAGCUCGCCGCAAUUGGACUCUGGAGCAGUGGAAACACGUUCUCUGGAGUGAUGAAUCACGCUUCACGAUCUGGCAAUCCGACGGACAAAUCUGGGUUUGGCGGAUGCCAGAAGAACACUACCUGCCCCGAUGUAUAGUGCCAACUGUAAAGUUUGGUGGAGCAGGAAUAAUGGUCUGGGGCUGUUUUUCAUUGUUCGGGCUCUUAGUUCCAGUGAAGGGAAAUCUUAACGCUACAGCAUACAAUUACAUUUUAGAUGAUUCUGUACUUCCAACUUUGUGCCAACAGUUUGGGGAAGGCCCUUUCAUGUUUCAGCAUGACAAUGCCCCCGUGCAUAAAGCGAGGUCCAUACAGAAAUGGUUUGUUGAGAUCAUGGUGGAAGAACUUGACUGGCCUGCACAGAGCCCUGACCUCAAGCCCAUCGAACACCUUUGGGAUGAAUUGGAACGCCGACUGUGAACCAGGCCUAAUCACCCAACAUCAGUGCCCGACCUCACUAAUGCUCUUGUGGCUGAAUGGAAGCAAGUCCCCGCAGCAAUGUUCCAACAUCUAGUGGAAAGCCUUCCCAGAAGAGUGGAGGAUGUUAUAACAGCAAAGGGGGGACCAACUCCAUAUUAAUGCUCAUGAUUUUGGAAUGAUGUUUGACGAGCAUGUGUCCACAUACUUUUGGUCAUGUAGUGUACAUAAGACAGUCAGUGUUUUCUUGCCAGUGAUCCCUCUACUGGUGGCAUCAUUGAAAAAAUGUUAAUGCACUGUGGCAGUUUGAGCAGAACGUGUACUAACUAUAGAGAAUUAUUCAGGACUGUGUCUCAUCAAAGCAUAGGUCAGCCUUCCCUGCCUGCCUGUGUUUGUCUGACUGUUGACUGUGUAUCUGUAUGACUGUGCAACAACAGAGCCUCAGAACAUAUUUUUUAACUGUGUAAAUGCCUUGAAGGCUGAAGCCCCUGGACAUUGAGUUCAUGAAGCGUCUCCAUGACAAAGUCAACGUGAUCCCUCUCAUCGCCAAGGCAGACACUCUGACACCUGAGGAAUGCCAGCUGUUCAAGAAACAGGUGUGUGUGUGUUCAUUAUUUGUGUUUGCACAAACACAACAUGUGUACCGGUAUGUGUGUGGCAAUUACUCAUGUCAUUUUCACCUUCAACUCAGAUCAUGAAGGAAAUCCAAGAACACAAGAUCAAGAUCUACGAGUUUCCCGACACAGAGGACGAUGAGGACAGCAAGCUCAUCCGUAAGAUCAAGGUAGUGUACAAAGAGAGUGAGAGAGACUGAUACACUCAAUGGUAUCAGCCCACACUAGUCCCUAUCUGUCAUUGUUUAUUCCUGUCAGUUUGAUUAUCUAAUAGGUUGUCGAUACUGUACAGGCUCACUGAUUAACUGUCACUUCUCCCUCUGUCUCCCUGUGUGGCAGGAGCGGAUGCCUCUGGCAGUGGUUGGCAGCAAUGUGGUGAUCGAAGUGAAUGGCAAGAAGGUCAGAGGUCGUCAGUACCCAUGGGGCGUGGCAGAAGGUAGGUUCAGCAUGGGCCUGGCUGGGUUCUCUGUUCUCUGUCUGAGAUGAGACAGUGGCAUGGUAUUGUCUGUGGGUUGUUGUUCUGGAGAAUGUUAUUUAUUAAUGUCACUCACUGUGCCAUGCAAGUGGAUGAAGCACGGAAGUGUGGAGACCUAGUGUAGUAGGGAAAAUGUGCAUGGCCUCCCAGGAAACACACCCCAGAUAGUGUGUCUGACAGGGAUUCUGGAAAAGGGGGACAGGGUUCUUCUACUAGGGUAUCAUGGUCUCUCUGGCAGUAAACACUGUACUGUACCACCCCAGGGACUUCAGAGAGAGAGACUGUGUCACCCCUUUUUUCACCAUUGGCCACAAUGAAUCGUUGUUGUUCUCCACUUGAUUUUAUUUUGUUUAAGUCCCCUGAAAUACAUUUUUAUUUUAUUUUGUUUAAGUCCCCUGAAAUACAUUUUUAUUUUAUUUUCAAGUGUUGCUCUGUGGUUGACCGUUUAUCAGUCUUUCACUUUUUCAUUCUUUCUUUUCUCUUUUUUCUUUCUGUCUAUUCUUUUCCAUGACUGACAGAGGGCAUUUUUGGUAAACAAAACCAUCUCUUACAUUUGAUACCACUCUCCCUCAGGCUUUCCUCCCCUCUUUACCUUUUUGUUGCUGUGGCAUUAGGUUGAUGGUCAAAGUGGAGCUCUUACUAAUUGAGAAACCUAUAGGAUGUUCAGUGCUGACGCUUCUCCUAGAAUAGAGCAACAUCACCCUCUAACUCAUGUUUAUAGGUGCCUGAUUAUCUUAAAGGGAUACUUUGGGAUUUUGGCAAUGAGACCCUUUAUCUACUUCUCCUGAGUCAGAUGAACUUGUGGAUACCAUUUUUAUGUCUCUGUGUCCAGUAUGUGGCCAUUGUGUGGCCACAUACUGGACUAACGUUAGCACAAUGGCUAGAAGUCUAUGGCUAGAAGUCUACUGGACUAACGUUAGCACAAUGGCUAGAAGUCUAUGGCUAGAAGUCUACUGGACUAACGUUAGCACAAUGGCUAGAAGUCUAUGGAUAGAAGUCUACUGGACUAACGUUAGCACAAUGGCUAGAAGUCUAUGGAUAGAAGUCUACUGGACUAACGUUAGCACAAUGGCUAGAAGUCUAUGGAUAGAAGUCUACUGGACUAACGUUAGCACAAUGGCUAGAAGUCUAUGGAUAGAAGUCUACUGGACUAACGUUAGCACAAUGGCUAGAAGUCUAUGGGUAUCUACUAACAUGCUAGCAGAUACCCAUAGACUUCCAGCCAUUGUGCUAAUGCUAGUUAGCAUUGGCUUGCAAAACUACCUCUAACCUUCUUCAUACUGGACACAGAGACAUAAAAAUGGUAUCCACAAGUUCAUCUGACUCAGGAGAAGUAGAUAAAGGGCCUCAUUGCCAAAAUCCCAAAGUAUCCCUUUAAUAUUAAAAGUCAUACCUUUUCCAGAACUGCAUGAUCUACCUUUAUUUGUUUUAGCCAUCAUUUGGCCACUCAUAAACACUCAAUUGUAGACCUGUUAAGAGAUACACUACCGUUCAAAAGUUUUGGGUCACUUAGAAAUGUCAUUGUUUUUGAAAGAAAAGCAAUUUUUUUGUCCAUUAAAAUAACAUCAAACUGAUCAGAAAUACAGUGUAGACAUUGUUAAUGUAGUAAAUGGAUAUCUACAUAGGCGUACAGAGGCCCAUUAUCAGCAACCAUCAGUCCUGUGUUCCAAUGGCACGUUGUGUUUGCUAAUCCAAGUUUAUCAUUUUAAAAGGCUAAUUGAUCAUUAGAAAACCCUUUUGCAAUUAUGUUAGCACAGCUGAAAACUGUUGUGCUGAUUAAAGAAGCAAUAAAACUGGCCUUCUUGAGACUAGUUGAGUAUCUGGAGCAUCAGCAGUUGUGGGUUCGAUUACAGAAUCAAAAUGGCCAGAAACAAAUAACUUUCUUCUGAAACUCGUUAGUCUAUUCUUGUUCUGAGAAAUGAAGGCUAUUCCAUGCGAGAAGUUGGCAAGAAACUGAAGAUCUCGUACAACGCUGUGUACUACUCCCUUCAUAGAACAGUGCAAACUGGCUCUAACCAGAAUAGAAAGAGGAGUGGGAUGCCCCGGUGCACAACUGAGCAAGAGGACAAAUACAUUAGUGUCUAGUUUGAGAAACAGACACCUUACAGGUCCUCAACUGGCAGCUUCAUUAAAUAGUACCCGCAAAACACCAGUCUCAACGUCAACAGUGAAGAGGCGACUCCGGGAUGCUGACCUUCUAGGCAGAGUUGCAAAGAAAAAGCCAUAUCUCAGACUGGCCAAUUAAAAUAAAAGAUUAAGAUGGGCAAAAGAACACAGACACUGGACAGAGGACGAUUGGAAAAAAGUGUUAUGGACAGACAAAUCGAAGUUUGAGGUGUUCGGAUCACAAAGAAUAACAUUUGUGAGACGCAGACCAAAUGAAAAGAUGCUGGAGGAGUGCUUGAUGCCAUCUGUCAACCAUGGUGGAGGCAAUGUGAUGGUCUGGGGGUGCUUUGGUGGUGGUAAAGUGGGAGAUUUGUACAGGGUAAAAGGGAUCUUGAAGAAGGAAGGCUAUCACUCCAUUUUGCAAUGCCAUGCCAUACCCUGUGGACGGGUAUUUUCUCCUAUUUUUCCUCCUACAACAGGACAAUGACCCAAAGCACAGAUCCAAACUAUGCAAGAACUAUUUAGGGAAGAAGCAGUCAGCUGGUAUUCUGUCUAUAAUGGUAUGGCCAGCACAGUCACCGGAUCUCAACCCUAUUGAGCUGUUGUGGGAGCAGCUUGACCGUAUGGUACGUAAGUAGUGCCCAUCAAGCCAAUCCAACUUGUGGGAGGUGCUUCAGGAAGCAUGGGGUGAAAUCUCUUCAGAUUACCUCAACAAAUUGACAACUAGAAUGCCAAAGGUCUGCAAGGCUGUAAUUGCUGCAAAUGGAGGAUUCUUUGACGAAAGCAAAGUUUGAAGGACACAAUUAUUAUUUCUAUUAAAAAUCAUUAUUUCUAACCUUGUCAAUGACUACAUUUCCUAUUCAUUUUGCUAUAUUUCCUAUUCAAACUCAUUUCAUGUAUGUUUUCAUGGAAAACAAGUUCAUUUCUAAGUGACCCCAAACUUUUGAACGGUAGUGUACAUUCGCACAAACUUAUUGUAUACAUAAUAUGUGAACAUAUACAUAUUUUGCAUGCAUGCUCUACAAACAUUAACUUACGUAUAUAUACUCUGUUGCUCUAAAUCCUUGCACCAUGAUGCUGUUUGCUGGCACUCCCUCCCUGUUGUUCCCACAGGGGGUUGAUCACACAUACGCCAUUGUAUAUUGAUUCAUGGAGCAUUUUACAAUAAGUUCCUUCCUGGUCACACAUACUCCAUUGUAUAUUGAUUCAUAGAGCAUUUUACAAUAAGUUCCUUGUCAUGGGAUAAGACAUUUUUCACUGUUCUUGGCUCAUUCAAUGGAAAUCUCCAUGCAGGUAUCAUAAUCUAACAAUCAUUAGUAGCUAAAGCACUCGGGCUUAAAACUCCUGAUGGGCAGCUGACCCGAUGCAAGAGCAGUAAUCUUGCUCUCAAUGUUGCUCUGUUGUUGUUUUAACGUCAGAGCACUGAAAAAAGUGAGGAGGCAACAACCAUUCAUUCCAGCGUACAUCAGGAGUUUUCAGCCAAUCGGCCGAGGGUGUAUCUUUCCAUUAGAGCUACAACCCUGCUUUAUUGUGUCCCUAUGACCCUGUGACCCCACCUCAACCAAACCCUCCUCCUCUCCUGUCCCAUCACUGAGGCUGGCCCGCCCUGCCAGCCCUCAUUCCCCCUCAUGUAACCCCUCGUUCAGUAGACAGUCAGGGUGGACAGACACGGGUUACGGGGGUCACCUGGGCAGGACCUGGGCACCUGUGUGCCCUCCCCUCCCUCCCGUCAGAAGUCACUCAGGUAGGUGACAGCAGGGGCUCUAUGCAUGCACCUCACGGGUAAGGUGACCACCUCCUCGUCCUCUUCCUGAGAUCCACAGCUGACAGCGUGAUGCACGUUAGGCUUAGCCCCAGAUAAGGUGGGGCCUGAGGGAGAGGAGCUAUGUAGUAAAGGAGCCAUGUUGAUCAAGAGAGAGGAGAAAUCCACAUCCUCAGCAGCAGCACAGUGUCUCUGCGGUCCUUUUCCAGAAUCCCAUGUGAUCUUUUAACCAUGUAUGUGUUUGACCAGAGAGACUGACUGGCUAUCUAAUCAGCUGAAAUGUAUGGCUUAGAGCAGUGGUCUGUCUGGUCCGUGACAUGUUUGUCUGUCGGUCUGUUGACUACUCUAUGUACUGUAUACUACUGAAUGUGUGUGUUUGAGCAGUGGUCCAGUGAAAUGUGUCUCUGUCUUAGUGAUAGUUUUAACCGUGUCUUUGUGUAAACAAUAAUGUGUCUGCUCAGUGAACAGUCUGACUGUCUGAGCAUGGGUCAUUUUGGCCAAUGACUUUGUGAGUUGACUGUGUCUGUGUGUUUGACUACCUAACAGUCUCAUCAGGUAAUUACCUGUGAUAAGAGUGUAGACUAGACUAGCUGAGCGACCCUGUGCUUUUUGGCUCCGUGAGUAGAAAUUGUCCCUUUGAUCCGAGAGCCUUGGUAAUGUUGUUGUACCCCAAUUACUGGGAAUUCUGGGAACUGGUGUGUAUUCUACCAGUACACAAUAGACACAAUAAUGAUGGAUGGCGAUGUGGUGAGAUAUAUCUCUGUGGGUCUCUGACAUCUCUCUCUCUCUUCCUGUUUCAGUGGAGAACGGGGAGCACUGUGACUUCACUGUCUUACGGAACAUGCUGAUCAGGUGAGAAACAGAGGAUACAUGUCAAUCUUUUUAUUCAUCCAUUAUUGUCAAAGUGAUUAUACCAAAGUAUUUACAGUGAUAUAAUUAUUAGAGACAUAACUUCCCCAAUUCUCUCCUGUAGGACCCAUAUGCAAGAUCUGAAGGAUGUGACCAACAACGUCCACUAUGAGAACUACCGCAGCAAAAAGCUUGCUGCCGUAACUUGCAAUGGAGGAGUGGACACCAGCAAGACCAAGAACCAAAUGACCAGGUAGGAGAGAUACAUUAAUGAUCAGAGGAAAUACCACAGAUCUGAUAUGUUGAAUAGUAAUCAGACAGACUGAGAAAUAAUCUAAAAUAUGCUGUAAAGCUUAUUUCAUAGAUUAACCUGACAUUUGAGUCAUUGUCAUACUGUCAUUAAGCGACAGUGACAAGACUGUAUUAGUUGUGAUGUGCUUCAGUAAUCACUGGUCACUGUUAGUGAUUCUUGAUGUUUGGUCCCUCACCUUUGACCUGUAGGAGCCCCCUGGCCCAGAUGGAGGAGGAGCGGAGGGAACAUGUCAUGAAGAUGAAGAAGAUGGAAACAGAGAUGGAGCAAGUGUUCGAGAUGAAGGUCAAGGAGAAGAAACAGAAACUGAAGGACUCUGAGGCAGAGGUGUGUGUAUGUGUGUGUGGGCAUGUGGACCAAUAGGGAGACAUAAGGACAGGAGAUGUAGAGAGCCUCAGUCCAUUUGGGUGCGCAUCUGUGUCUGUUUUAUUCACGAGUAACACAUUUGCCACCCUUCUCAGCUGGAGCGACGCCAUGAGCAGAUGAAAAAGAACUUGGAGGCUCAGUAUAAGGAACUGGAGGAGAAGAGGCGCCACUAUGAGGAGGAAAGGUCAAACUGGGAGGCACAGCAACGUAUACUGGAGCAGCAGAAACUUGAUGCUUCUAAGUGAGUGGCUGAAAUAUUUACUCAUCCUUGCUCUUUUUCUCUCAGACAAACAUAUAGUACGUUUUGUCUAUUUCUCUCAAUGUAAUGCAACUCUGAAAUAUUAAAUAUAAUAUUCAAUAAUUCCCUUUUCUCUUUGUCUCUUUUUACAGGACCAUGGAAAAGAACAAAAAGAAAGGAAAAAUAUUU